GGAGGGGGAGGGGGGAUGUAAUGUAAAAUUUUUUUAUCAUAAUGUUAACUAAAUUAUUUCCUCUAUGGAAAAGAAACGAUUCGAUCAAUAGUGACGACGUUAUUUUAUUUAAUCAAUUCUGUUCAAAUAAUCGCACGAAAGCACGUGGAUAGGUGAAGAAAAACACUUGUUGAAUGCUACACUAGUGAUAGCGGAAAAAUUGAUUAAAAAUAAUACUUUUAACUUAGCGAUAUAUAUAUAUAUUAUUUUUUUUUUUCAGAAACUUAAGAAUGAAGAUCAGUUAAAGGCAAUAAUUGAAUGAUUGAAGAAUUUUAAAUCUAAAUUAACCGCAUGGAAUGUUGCACGACACAAUGUUAUUCCGCUGGUGUCGCAGUGACAACUGAAGUCUCUCUCGGUUUCACGCGUCUCGAACUCCCCAGACCCCACCAAAGUGUGUUCACCAACUCUCGAGGAACACCAGGUGUCAGCGGGCUUCAAACCGUACGAGUGAAGAAGCAGGUAUUUGAGCACCACUGUCCCCCUCACUUUCACGUCAUCUACGAUGUUCCAGAAGGAGGUUUGAUGAAGGAAGUUGUCAUAGCCGUGGAAAAGGGUAAAAGAAGGAGGGGAAUCGGUCGUGCUUACCAAUUGACGUUUACCUUGAACAAUUUCUUGCAGGCUUAUUACAUUCUUUUCUUUCUAUUUCCAUUAUUAUUAUUAUUUUUUUUUUUUCCUUUUUCUCCUGUUGAAACAGCGAUCGUUUUGAAUCGAUCACCUUAGACUUAUUAAGUUAACAAAAAAAAAAAAAAAAAGAAAAAAUAAAAAAAUAAGUGGUGUAAAAUUCUAAAUUGAUGGCACAAUAAAAUCGAAGGCCGGCGACGUGAUUAAAUAUUCAUAUAAUAAGUCUCAGGGAGCAGGUUUUUUACUCUUUUUAUAACAAGAUCUUUGAAUAACCAAAUCCAAUUAUAAUAAUUACAAUUCUAUAACAAAU